AGACAGAUAGAUAGAUAGAUACUUCUCUCUUUAGUCCCCAGUGUGUGUGUGUGUGUGCUGCAGCCUGCUGGUGGAGCAUGUUAUUAGUAACCGGUUCACUGUGCUCUCACUGACAGCCUGGUUAGCUGUCAUCAUCAUCACGCCUCCUCGCCACAUCUAACUAAAAUGUCUUAAUGCGAUGAACUGGGAAUUUAUUGAUCAUGGCUAACCUACAGAUCUCGUUAGCUGUCGUGGUUGUCCAGGUCGUCCUGUACAGAAGCUGCCAGGCUCUGCGGUGUAACUGCACCACUGCCCAGUGUGAGAAGACUGGCUCCCAGUGUGAGACCGAUGGAGCCUGCAUGGCCUCCACUUCCUUCAUCGAUGGCCAGGAGCAGCACAUCCGUAUCUGCAUCACACGGGACAAUCUGGUGCCCCCCGGACAACCGUUCUACUGCCUCAGUGCAGAGGGCUUGCUCAACAUCCACUGCUGCUACACCGACUUCUGCAAUAGCAUCGACCUCAAAGUACCCUCAGUCACGACUAAGGCAGGACUCGGGGGAGGCUACGGCCCAGGUGGGGCGUGGGGACUGGUGGAACUGGUCGCUGUGAUCGCGGGGCCGCUGUUCCUGCUGUGUCUGCUGCUGCUGAUGAGUCUGUUCCUGUACCAGUACCACCAGAGGGCCUAUAGCCACAGGCAACGGUUAGAGGUGGUGGAGGACCCCUCCUGUGACCACCUCUACAUAUCCAAAGACAGGAUCCUGCAGGACCUCAUAUACGAUCUGUCCACGUCUGGUUCAGGCUCCGGUCUGCCUCUGUUUGUCCAGCGGACCGUGGCCAGAACAAUUGUGCUCCAAGAAAUUAUUGGCAAAGGGCGUUUCGGGGAGGUGUGGCGAGGACGUUGGAGGGGCGGCGACGUGGCGGUGAAGAUUUUCUCAUCCAGAGAGGAGCGGUCCUGGUUCCGUGAGGCUGAAAUCUAUCAGACUAUCAUGCUCCGCCAUGAAAACAUCCUGGGCUUUAUAGCUGCUGACAACAAAGACAAUGGCACAUGGACCCAGCUGUGGUUGGUGUCAGACUACCAUGAGCACGGCUCUCUGUUUGAUUACCUGAACCGCUACUCGGUCACUACUGAAGGAAUGAUCAAACUGGCUCUGUCAGCUGCCAGCGGCCUGGCUCAUCUGCACAUGGAGAUUCUGGGAACACAAGGAAAGCCAGGCAUCGCCCACAGAGACCUGAAGUCCAAGAACAUCCUGGUGAAGAAGAACUGCACCUGUGCCAUCGCUGACCUGGGCUUAGCCGUCCGUCACGACUCUGCCACAGACACUAUCGACAUUGCGCCCAAUCAGAGGGUGGGCACCAAGAGGUACAUGGCUCCAGAGGUUCUGGAUGAGACGAUCAACAUGAGACACUUUGACUCAUUCAAAUGUGCUGAUAUCUACGCUUUGGGGCUGGUCUACUGGGAGAUUGCACGCCGCUGUAAUAGUGGAGGUAUCCAUGAAGAGUACCAGCUGCCCUACUAUGACCUGGUACCUUCUGACCCUUCCAUAGAGGAGAUGAGAAAGCUGGUGUGCGACCAAAAGCUACGGCCCAACAUCCCUAAUUGGUGGCAGAGCUACGAGUCCUUGCGGGUUAUGGGUAAAAUCAUGAGGGAGUGUUGGUAUGCCAAUGGAGCCGCCCGCCUGACGGCUCUGCGCAUCAAGAAGACCCUCUCCCAGCUCAGCAUUCAAGAGGACAUUAAAGUCUGAACCAAGUCAGCGGAGCAUUGAGAGAAAGCACUGAGCAGGACCCGACUCCAGACUGUAGGACACUGAGAAGAAGGUGCCGGGCCGUCUGCAGAGAACGCACAAAGUAAGAGAAUGUGAUGGAGAGUCGCACUUUGUAAAAAUAUUCCUCCAUUGACACUCCUGCCAGUUUUGAAGCCACUUGAUUUCUGACAAACCCUACCUCGCUUACCCAGCCAAACUACCAAGAACACCUUUCCUGUCUUGUCCUCAGCUACUGCUGCCCUUUCUGUUCCUCUCUACACUCCGUACUAACAAGGAUCCUUGGAUUUCCUCUGUACUUGUAUGCAAUCGAUGGCAGGAUGUGUAAUUAACCAUUUUGAAAAUCAGUUGCUGAUGUUUCCUCAAGGUCUCUUUGAUCACAGUCGCUUAAUAGUUAACAAACAGCAUUCGCUCUUUUUGUCUUAGAAAGGGGGGCAAGCUGGAAGAAUUAGGAGUGUUUUUAACUUAUUUUUUACCGCUUCUGUCAUUUAAAUGACUAGAUCUUGUUAUUAAUAAUGUGGGUGUUUGUGAGGCUAUUGUGCAGGUUUCUCCGUGCCGCCUACAGCAUACAGGCACAUCGCAAACUGCGCCGUAGAGAAUAAUCCAUCCGGUUCUGCUACAGCUGUGCCGUUUAGUUGUCUGCUGAUUACCAUGUAAGCAUGUACAAAGCAGUUGAGGCAGUUUGUGCAAAUGCAGCCCGUCUACUUUACAACACUAGGGCAACCUGCCAAACAUGAUUUAGCCUUUGGACCACUGGAGCCCGCCCCAUAAGCUGUUGUAAACCUCAGGUUUUCCUUAUGCUUACCAAUCCUUUUUUGUCUGUUUAGAACCAUUACAAAACACAUGUAGAAUAUUUAAAUGGUGGUAUUUCAAUCUGAUAUGCAGCUGCUGUCUCUCGAUCAAUCCACAGACCACAACCUGCCAUGAGAGUAAACGUUGCUCCAGCCCCUCAGAUAAGCUGGUACUGUAUACACCACAUUCAGAUAAACCUUUCACUAUAGGGCUGACCCGAAUGCUUCGAAGCUUAAACCGUUGCCAUGGUAGUCGACCUCCAAAACAGUAUUCGAAUGCUUCGGGGAUUGUAAGAAGUAUGUAACCCCAAAUAGCCUAUGAAAUAAGGAAUAAUCCCACAACAUUAUGCAUUAUUCAUACAUACAAACAUUAAUUAUUAUUAGUUAUUCUCAGAUGGAUAUCGCUGUUUGUUGUGCGUGUACAGUAGUGCGUCAGCGACACUGAAACGGGGUAGAUGGAGACAGACAGACAGACAGAAGAACAUGUCAGCCUGCUGCGCCGCGCCGCUCCCUGAAGCUUCAAAUACCUUUGAAUAUUUCUCACCGAAGCUUCAAAGCCCAAAAAAUGGUAUUGGGGACAGUCCUACCUUUCGCCGUUCGCAGCAGCCAAUCCUAUUUUACACUGUACUUUAAAUGCGGGGCAAAAAUGUUAUAUUUUUAAUCCCUUUUAAGUACACUUUCUCCAGGAAUAGUUUGAUUUUAUGUUCAUUCUUUUAUAUUGUAAAAGCAUGUCCAUAAUGUUCUUUUCCCCCUCAGGGCAUAUUUUCCCUGGCCAAGUAUGACUACUGCACAUAAACUAGCUUUUUAAGGUGAAACUUGUGUAAAUAAGAUUUUAUGUUGACACGUAGGUCAUGUUUUAGAUGGCUGAAUCUUUUAUAUCGGCUUUUUUGGUUGGUGGGAAAACUUCUAUAUUGGUGUUUGUGAACGGAAUAAUGUACCAAUCUACUUUUUUGACCUCUGACGUGACUUUACUGUAUGUGUCAGACACACUGCUCAUGUAUAGCCCUCUAUUACUGCAGAGCGGUAUUUGAUUUUUAAUCAAUGUUUCCCCUCACAUCUUCAUACAAUACCUCCUAAAUGUGCAACUUGUAUGUGGAUUGUUUCCGUCAAGCUAUCAUCGUCUGAAAUCACUGUCUGCAUUAUUUAUGUUUUCAGGAAAUAGGUGCACUUUUGUCUUUAGCUGUAUGCAACUUCAACAGGUACUGUCUGUGUGUAGUCUUUCCCAUGUUAUUUAUAUUUGUAUGCUGUGAGUCCCUAUGAAAGCCUGAAAGGCCACAUGUGCACUACUACUGACCUCGCAGCAUUAAAACCAAAUUGUUCUCAGAAUCUGGUCCUGGCCUCUAGUGUUUAUUUAAGAUCACGCCACUGAAAAAUGAGACUGUUUAUUCAAAUCAUGCCAACCAGUUGCAGUCUGUACAGAGAAUCUGACUUUUUCUUUGGGAGAUGAAAUGUUGAAACUACUGAAAUGUCUCACAAAUAUGUUUGACCAAUAUUUUUUAUUUUAAAAAUCACUUGCUCACUACACUGUAAUGUUUAAGUCUGACAGGAUGUUUGUAAGAACAGAGACUUGAUGCUGUUGCUUUGGGCUGGAAAGACUGGGGAGCUCUACUGUUUGAUAGUGUUGACCAUAUUUAUACACUAAAGGGGUAUGUUUGAAAAUUGUAUCUGCCUUAUAAUGUCUAAAAUGCAUAGUGUAUUUAAGGUUUUAAUACCUUGCUCCAAGUAUCCCCAUGAUGACUCAAAGAAAUGAGGUAUUCUACAGGUUGUGACAACUCCCAGGUCUCUGUCCAGUCAUGGCAAAGAGACGACUGCAUCCAUGUAAAAAACCCUUUCGGGCUUCAAUCAUGUACCUUCUAAUAUAGAGUAAUAAAUGCAGUUGUUUUCCUA